AGGUUUUGGCUAUUCUGGUCAGGGCAGUAGUAGAUGGAAUGGCAGGUCGCACUGGAGAGGCAGCAAGUACAUUGAAGGGGAAAUUGCAAGAGCUGUUGGGCAGAGUGACUUCACGAGUGACAAAUGAUGGGGAAAUCUGGAGACUUUAUGCCCGACUUUAUGGAAAUGGACAGAAUGAUAGCAGUGAAGAUAUUGAAAAGUCACUGCAGUGUCUUACUAAGGCACAUAAAUGUGAAAUUCAAUCAAAUGACUGGGAGAAAGAUGUUUCUUCUUUUAAGGAAGUAGCAAAAGGAGCCAUAGAGAUUGCACAUGUGGCUAUAAAAUGCAGUAAGAACAAAUCCAAUAAUCAGGAAGCUUUGCAGAUACUUUCUUCAGCUCGGCUUAACUUACGUGGCUUGUCAUCCAAAGCAAAGCAACGCUUUGUAGAGGUAGGAAGCCAUGAGAUUUGCAGUGAAAUCGCUGAUGAGGUGACGACUAUGGACAACUUGAUUGCUGAACUCCAGGAACUGAGCAACCAACUGAGGGACCAGGGCUGAAACAGACCAGAUUUUGUGACUGGAACACAAGAAUGAUGUAUUUGUUUUGUUACAACUUUUACUGAUGAAAUGGUAACAAUUCUAAAGCAACUAUAGCCUUAAUAAACGUUUUUCUGAACACUG